CCUGCAGAAAAAAGGAUGUGUGUCAUUGAUAUAUCCUAUGAAAUACAGAGCGGAUUGCAAUAACUGUUCACAACCUAUAGAUAUCUGAGGAGAUAAAACAAUGUUGUAUCUCUGCAUUUUGGUUGCUCUAUUUCUAUCAGAUAUACAGACUGUCACCAUAGACCAGGAGCUGCCUUCUCUAGUAAAGGUUAGAGGUGACCAGUCAACAGCUCGUAUACCGUGUGAGAUUAGCCAGAGUUCAUCAACAUAUGUUCAUUGGUAUGUACAGAAAAAAAAUCAAGUAAUAAAAAGGAUUCUCUAUUUUGGAGAAGGAAAAGAUAAUUAUGAAGAUGGAUUUCACACAAAUAAAUUUAAAUCUGCUCAGCAAGACAUAACAACAGGAGCAAAGAAACACACUCUGACCAUUAAUGAUAUAAAUGAUGAUGACAGUGGCAUCUAUUACUGUGCAAGCUGGGAUACAUCUGAUAGGACAGAAGACAACCUGGAGAAAGAGAUGGAGCAGGCUGCCCAGGAGCAGCAGGCUGCUACUGAGGAAGACAUUCCACCUUCCCUGGACACAGAGGAGAUGUCAGAAGCUGGCCCAUCCACCAGCUCCACGCCCCACAUCCCUCCUGCAGAGUAUGCACCUUCACUUCAGCUGGGGGCACGCCGGAAACGGUCAAUGCCCACAGCUGAAGUGGAGGAGGACUCAGAAGGGGAAGCGUUAUAUGAGUCUGGCUUAACUCUCAAAGCCUUAGAAGCCCGCUUCAUGUUGACAACCUCAGGGGUGGAGGGUUCAAUAUUGACUGCUUUAGCAGUGGGAAAAUUGCACAGUGAUUAUUUUAAAGUAUUCGGACCUGGAAGCAAGCUUGUCGUAACACAUGAGGAGGCAAAAAAACUGGCAAUAGAUCCAAAAGUGACUAUCUUAGCUUCAUCCAAGCAUGAUGUGAGGACAAAAAAGUCUGCAACUUUACUGUGCAACCUGCAGAGUUUCUUCCCUGAUGCAAUUAAAGUGGAAUGGACCGAUGGAAGCAACAAUAAGCUGGAAUCAGAACAGGGGACAAUCAUAACAGAUGCAUCCAGCGACUUGUCCUCAUUGUACAGCUGGAUUACAAUAAAGCAGUCUGAUAUUGGCAGCACAUAUAAAUGCAAGUACAAACAUGAGGGAAAUGGAAAUCAGUGGAAAGAAGAAACGUAUAACACAGAACAUUUGAAUACUGGAGAUCCCACAAAUCAGAUAGAUAUCAGUAAUUGCACUUAUACUUCAGGCAAAGCAGGAAGAGAAGAUAUGAUAAUCAAACAUAUGAUAAUCCGAUCAGCACAGUUUAUCUAUGCUCUAUUGCUCUUGAAAAGUUUGUUGUAUUGUCCUCUCCUGCUAUUCUUUAAAUACAAAGCCACAGAAUGAAUAAAUGCUUUCUCACCAACUCAAAUACAAAAAGAACAAGCUUGCUUCUUAAUUAUGCAGUAGCAUUAAUAUAUAUAUUUUAGCUCCGAGUGCGUUGGAAAUAUCUCUCCUGUCUUUAUGCUGUUUUUAAAAGCUUAUCAAUAAAGACUAUAUUUUAUAUUAGA